ACGCAUGCACGCGCGUCACUGAAGGCCAUGGAAACAGAACGUUGACCAAAGCUAUAAAAGCUGCCGCCAUCAUUUCUUUCUCAUUCGCACAUUAAACUUUGACAAGUUGACCUACUGCGGAUUUAUUGUUGGAAAGUUGCAAUCUGGGAAACCCGAUCGACUGGAAAACUUUUACUUCAAAAAAAAAAACCCUGAGGACCUGAGGACUUCAUCACAGACUGACCUUUUUUGGAUCAUACCUGUUCACCUGAAGUCCUCAUCUCUGACGAACCUUUUUUUUGGAUUAAACCUGAUCACCUGUAAGGCCUCUUCUCAGACAAACCUUUUGGAUUAUACCUGACCACCUGUAAGAUUCUUUGCAAACAAAGCUUUUGGAUUACUUUGCUCUAGGACAGCUACUGCCAGAAGUAGACCAUCUUUAACUUCUGGAGAAGUGGCCUCCGGUUGACCCCCUGGGGCGAGGCAGCUGCUGUCCUGAGUCUCUACAGUAUUCUGAGAGACAAUAUGGGGUCCGGUGUAUCCAACGAGUCCACCUCAUCUUCCGAGAUGAACCCCGUCCAGCUCCCCAGCGAAUAUGAGGUUCUGAAAGUUCUGGGAGAGGGCUGCUUCGGAAAGGUGUUGAAAUGUUGGAAAAAGGACACCGAGCAGACUGUGGCUGUGAAGAUUCCUAAAUUCUUCGACCAAGACACCAUCAAUGAGGUGUCCAUGCUGAGACUGUUCAAACGCCUCAACCUCGACAAACAUAACAUCGUCGAGUUAAUCGAUUACUUUCAAACCAAACAUGGAAAGGCAAUCGUGUUCGAGGUGUUGGAUAUCAGCCUAGGUGACUACCUUGAAAUGACAAGUUUUGCGCCCAUGCUUCUGAGUGACAUCAGAAGCGUCAUCCAGCAGAUGGGGACAGCAUUUGAGGCACUGAAGGGGAUCGGAGUGAUCCAUGGUGACGUGCACCUCCACAACAUCAUGAUGGAGAAUCACCAAACACGACCCUUCAGAGUCAAGCUCAUUGACUUCGGUGGUGCCAUUUCCAGAUCAAAAGCCACCCAGGGCACGCUCCUACAACCACUGCUUUUUAGGUCUCCAGAAAUCAUACUGGGCUGUCCAUUUUCUGAGGCCAUUGACAUGUGGUCCCUGGGCUGUCUGAUGUUCAUCAUGAUCUGCGGCAAACUACCGUUCUGUGGAUUGUCUGAGUAUGAAAUACUGCGGAGCAUCAUUGAUCUUCUGGGUCGGCCAGAAGACCUUGUUCUCACUGCUGGUCUAAGGUCAAAGAAGUACUUUAACUGGAAUGAGUCAAACAGCUGGGAGCUCAAGACACCGUUUGAGUAUCUCAGAUAUCAUCUCAUCGGUGUCACCAAGGACCACAAGUUCCAGUCUCUGGACGAUCUCAAAGUAAUUCGUCUAGAGGAAAAUAAUGAAGCUGAGGCUGUAGAGCGAGAGCAGUGCAUCGAGCUCCUGAAGGCCAUGCUGAAGAUGGAUGAGGAUGAGAGGAUCACUCCCUGUGAAGUCCUCAUUCAUCCAUUUUUCACCAAAGACUACCCAAACAAUGGGGCUUUGGCGGCCGCAUCCCCUUUGGUUCGAUGGAAGCCAAUGGAAAAUCUGGCCAGUGCACUCGGUGAGCCUGCUGCCACUCCUCUGAUGGAUGACGAAAGUGUGUUCAUCCAACCAGAAGGCUGCACGCCAUCUCCAGAAAUUCCACCAGCAGGUGUGAUCCUGGUUCGACCAGCGACAGCUGAGAACACACUGCUGCUGGAAGGUCAGGGGAGCAAAGUCAGUGGCAGGACUUACAUUGUCAAGAUCGCAGGAAGUUCGGCCUUCACGUCCGUGUUCUCGAGUGAGGACUGCACUCCAUCUGACACAUUUCUACCAUCAGGUGUGAUCCUGGUUCAGCCUGCGACAGCCGAGCGCACCGUGAUGGAAGAUCAGGAGAGUGCAGUCAGUUUUCAGUCUGGCCUGUACCAGGCAUCAUUGUUAGUGAACAGCAUUAAUAGUGGCAUGGAGUCCCUCCUAUGUGAGGACUCGGGCUCAUGUGAAAACAUGAGGGCAGAGAAGAAGCCUCAGAAGAAGAAGAAUCGCUUCCGACGCGUCUUCUCCUGGAUGAGGAAGACCUUCAGUUCAUGUGUAACCUCUGUCAAUGCUUCGGCCUGUCACAGCUGAGAACAUGCUGUCGCUGGAAGGUCAGGGGGACAAAAUCAGUGGCAGGACUUAAAUUGUCAAGACCUCAGGAAGUUCAAGCUUCACUUCCUUGAAUGAGGACUGUGACUGUGAGCCUGCUGCCCCUUCUCUGAUGGAUGAUGACGUCAGUAACAUCCAACCAGACCACUGCACUCCACCUCGCACAGUUCUACAAUCUGGUGUGAUCCUGGUUGAGCCUGCGACAGCCCAGCACAUGCUGCUGGAAGAUCAGUGCAGUCAGACCAAAGAGACCAAGGGGGGCAGUCAUGAGUAAGAGACACCCCGCUCUUCCUACGACACUGCCACCUUCCACUUCUCGCUUCCAUAUGGAAUACACAGCAAUGGGGCUUUAGCAGCAUCAUCCACUCCUUGCAAGACAGAGAGGUCCGAGACGAGCCGUCGUAAGAUGAUGAGCAAAAAGAUGGCAGUCAUGAGUAAAAGAUACCCCGCCCUUCCUACGACACUGCACUCCAUCUCCCUCAUUUCUGUCUUCAGGUGUGAUCCUGGUUGGGCCUGUCACAGCCCAGUGCACACUGCCGGAAGAUCAGGAGAGUGCAGUCAGGAGCCUCAGAAUCUACAAAAGAUGAUGAGAUCACAGGUGGCAGUCCAGAGUUAAAGACGCCCUGACACCGCCACCGUCAACUCUUACUUUGGUUCUUCCUGCAGCAGCCACGCAGCCAGUGGAAGUUCUGAAGAGUGCACUCAGUGAGACUGCUGCCACUCCUCUGAAGGAUUAUGAAGGUAUCAGUAUCCAACCAGAUGGCUGCACUCCUGCUCCUGCACACACUGCUCACAAACGCAUACAUGUUUACAUCACACAUACAUCGCUAGACAAUAAUCACUGCAAACAGUUUUUAUUGGCUGAUGUCAGAUGGAAAUUGAAGAGACAUGUUUGUUUUGUGUAGGGCAAGAAGAGGAAGAGGGAGAGCAGAAAAGCUCCUAAAGUGACACUGAGGUACAAUGGUUCCUGGUGCAGGAUCUUUAAAGGGGCAGUAUUGUUAAUCAGAAAGGAAAGAUUUUCACUGACUGGGUUUUUUAUGCUUACAAACUUAAUAAACAGUCUCUCUUUGUUGUCAUGACUGAAUAAACAAAGUGAACUUAAAGGACAACACAAUAUCAUACUGUUUUACUUUGUUUAUAUGUGGCAGACCCUGCCACCUUUCUAGCCUUAAACAGUAUUACGGUGACUGAAUUGUGCAUCUUUACAAAAGUUGUAGCUCGCAAAUUAAUGUCAUUUGAUCCAAUAUUAAUAUUCAGAAGUUUACAGCAGAUAUAAGAUGAGGUAGGUUUAAAGUGUUUUUAAAGGUUUAGAAGAUUGAUCUGUGUUUCUGUUUGUUGGUGUGGCAGUGUCAGUGGUGGCAUCCACCUCACGGGCAGCUGUGAUGGAGGCCUCGACCUCUCAGGGAGCUGUGGAGGAACCACGUCCCCCGCAGACAGUCCUGGUCCUGUCACAGCACACAUCAUUGGACAGUCGUGGUGCAGCUGCUGCACACAGACUCCAGUGACCGCGCAUGACUCACACAUAGUCCAGCCAAUCAGAGGAUGGGGAGCAUCACCUGGUGAUGGAGCAGCUUGAUCCUCCGCCAAGUCCACCCAGAGCAUCAGCUGCCCUCCUCUCUUCACUGUGGACUUCUGUGAUGUCAUGCAAAUGGAUCAAUGGAUGUGAAGAUAGAUGUACAGAUAGAUGUUUAGAUAAAUGUAUAGAUUUAUGGUUAGAUAUAUGUUAAGAUAUAUUUCUAGACUGAUGUCUAGAGAGAUGUAGAUCUGCAUGUACAUCUUGAUGUCUAGAUAGAUUUAUAGAUAUAUGUAUAGAUAUAAGUAUGAAUUGAUGUUUAGAUAUAUGUAUAGAUUGAUGUAGAGAAAUAUGUGUAGAUAGAUAAGACCUUUUGAACUAUAUUAUCCAUCUCAUGUAUGAUUCAUUUCUGUAAAAUACAUGGUAAAUACACUUAAACCUUUGAGCAUUACACUGACUUAUUUCAUUGUUUUUUCAGAAUUUGUAUGUUUUCACAGUAGAGUUCAAUUAAUUGAUAACUACAGGAUGCAUAAAGCUGUGUUUAACAUAAUUAAUGACUUGAUACAUGAGACAGACACAAGAGCCAAAGCUCAGUACACAUAAAGUAUCACAAACCACAGCAGGCUUUCAAGUCCAUAACUGCAGUGGUUCAUCAGUGGGAAAUGUUCCUUAUACAAGGUAAACAAACAAAACAACAACACAGACAAACAAUACGUCAGGGUGCCAAUUCUAGCAACUAUGGAUAGGGUGUGGUAGACACAACUCCACAAAAAGCUGUUUUAAAGUGUUAGGAGGAUCUUUAAUAAACAUCACAUCCUGGUUUACUUCAAACCUA